CAGUUGGACACGUGUCAAGUUCCAGAUGCCCGUGAGCCAUCCUUAGAGAUGACAAGUCAGUAAUUAAAUAGAUGAGUCUGGAGUCAGGAAAUAGAUCUGGGCUGAAGUUAAACUUGGGAGUUGCUGGCAUGGUAUUUAAAGGUCUGGGGAUGCAUGAGAUCACACUGGGAGAGAGCAUGGAGUCAGAAGAAAAGGGAUCCUAGAACUAUGCCUUGAGGAAUUGCCACAUCUAGAGGUCAAGCAGGGGAGCAUUUGGAACUCAGGGUUGAGAAGGAGAACGGGAGAGGUAGAAGGACAGCAAGGAGCCUGUGCUGUCCCGUAUCCAAGGGUCAAGAGUUUCAAGAAGGGGAGCUUGUCAACUGUGCUGAAGGCUGCUGAGGAGUCAAGUACAUUUCCGGGAAGCUGGAACAGAAGUGAAGCAACUGGGACCUGAACUGGCACUUGGAUAUGGGAUGCCUGUGUUGUGCGCGUCCCCACUCCCGGGCCCUCUGUAUGAAUGACACCUUGGUCUGCCAUGGAACCUGGCCCUGCCCUGGCCUGGCUCCUGCUGCUGAGCCUGUUGGCCGACUGUCUGAAAGCUGCUCAGUCCCGAGACUUCACGGUGAAAGACAUCAUCUACCUCCAUCCUUCAACCACACCAUAUCCUGGUGGAUUUAAAUGUUUCACCUGUGAAAAGGCGGCAGAUAAUUAUGAAUGCAACCGAUGGGCUCCAGACAUCUACUGCCCUCGAGGAUGUUACCACUUGGGGAAACUGCCUAAAAAGGUGCAUGUGGACCUCUCUGUACUAGUUCUCACAAAUGCAUGUCAAGAGACUCGAUAUUGCUACACUCAGCAUACAAUGGAAGUCACGGGGAACAGCGUCUCUGUCACAAAGCGCUGUGUCCCACUGGAAGAGUGCUUGUCCACUGGCUGCAGAGACUCCGAGCAUGAAGGCCACAAGGUCUGCACUUCCUGUUGUGAAGGAAAUAUCUGUAACUUGCCAAUCCCCAGAAAUGAAACCGAUGCCACAUUUGCCACCACGUCACCUAUAAAUCAGACAAACGGGCACUCACACUGCAUGUCCAUGAUAGUGUCCUGCUUGUGGGUGUGGUUAGGACUCACGUUAUAGCAGCUGCACAGCACCAUGUGUAGUUGCGAUCCCUGGGGCUCUCUGUGUCCACACUCAUGCAUGAGUCAUUGCCCUGACAUUAGUUGCCGGUGUGAGACCCCAGCAACUCACAGAUGUCAUCGCCACUUAUCAUGAGAAACAAACAUUGCUUCAGCAUAGUCAUUUUGAGUCUAUCCAAGACCUCAGCAGAGUCAGCCUGUCCCCAAUGCAGAUCCUGAGUUCCAUACCACACCUUUGUUUUCACUCCAAGAAAUAAUCUGCAUUUGUCAAGAGCUGUGGUUAUUAAUUUUGGGAUACAUGCAUGAGAUGCAGGAGGUCCUGGACCCUCUGAGAUAUUAGGGAUAUGAUUUAUGGACAUGAACAGAUGUGUGUGUUUUGGGAGAAAGGUGAAGAACCACUUGUUUAAACACAAUCAUGAAUUCUCUCAUGGCUUUAGAAUUUUAAAACUUUGAUUCCCAAAUAUAUCGACUGUAUCCCUGGAAAUCCUUAUCAAGUUCCUGGAAGAGUAGUAAGAAAUUUAGUCUUCCCAACAUUCUUCUAUCAAAAUUGGGAAUCAUAUUCGCUUGGCUCUGUGUGUCAGAUUAUAAGGUUAUCAUAAAAGCUUAAUAUAUUUGUGGGAGUGGCAGAAGUAUGGUCCCUAACUUAAUGGAGCUAAGUUUAUCCCUUCAUGUAAUUGGUGAGAUUGACUUGUUACCUAGUAUGCUGGAUGAGAUCCUGGCUUCCACCUGGGUUGGUGGUAUCCAAAGAUUUCCCAGCAAUAUGGAGCUAUUUUCACUAGAUGUGAGAUUCUAUUUAGCCAUAGCUAAUCUGGACAGAAAGACAGCUUUAGAAUUAAAAGAUGUGUAGAGGUUAGUUUUGGUUCAUUUUAAGGAUACAGUAAGUGGCUCAGUCCAACCCUUUCUCCAGCUGCAGUUAACCCUGUCCAAGAGCCUUUCCCUUGUAAAUCAUGGUAACUCUAGGGACAAGAUUCUGCAUAAAAUGAACUCUAGAUAGAUAAGAAAAGAAGAUGUAAUAGGCUAGGGUGAAAAAAGUAAGGAGACCCAAUGGGAACUUUGAGUUUCUUUUAAGUAUUGCUUUUGAAGUAGAUGGUGAAAUUUUUGCCAUCCUACCUAUAUUUUUGGUACCCACAUAGUUCCAGUUUUCUUCUUCCUUGUAAAUCAUUUAAACAAUAUUUAUUUUUAUAUGACAUAACUAGAAACUAAAAUAUAUUCUAAAAAUCCUUUACUCCAAAUGAAACAAUCAAAUUAGAAUAAUUAUUUUUCAAUGGUGGUAGAGCUUGUAGUAUGUUUGUUGAAAAUAAUCUAUAAAACUGGCAUCAGUAUUGGGAAAAGUUAACAUGUGGUGAGCAACAGCAAUGUAUUCUCCUCACGAUUUUUGCUCGUGAUUUCCUCAGUGUUGAUGUUCCAGCAGGAUUCAGGUAGUGAUGCUUGUUGGUCCACUCCAUGCAGGGCUGUGGGGCAUAUCUGUGUGAAACUUGGUGGAGCUAUGGCUGAUAAAGAGGCCAGUGCCAUCAGGGUCUCUCUGUCCUGCACAGAAAAGUGUCUCUAGCCAAUAAAAGGAGACACUCCCUGCCGCCACCUCCCUGUCCCACAUCCUCAGGGACCGUUAUGAACUGACAGUGGUGACUCUAAUAGAAAAUAGUCUAAAUUGCAUCAGAUGACCUUAAUUCAGAGUUUGGUAGGCUUAUCAAUAUAUUACCUAUAAUUGGGAUAGAGGGAGAGAAACAAAACAUUUAUUAAGCACCUCUUAUGUGCAAGCACUAUGCUAAGCACUUUACAUAAGUUAGGACAUGCAAUCCCUACAAGAACCCUGGAAGGAACACACCAGUAUUUACACUUUGCAAAUGAAGGUACUGAGGCCCAAAGAAGCUCAAUAGCAUGACACUUUUUCCUUCAGAUUUAUGUUAUGUGAGAUGAGGUGGGAUUGAAGAUGGAGGGGAGGUGGAAUUACCCUCUUAGGAAAACUUCCAGGCCUGACUUCAUUGGAAUUGGUCCAUAUACUCAUGAGAAGUUGAUUUAAUUCUGCUUCUGCAGGAUGCCAUUUGCAUGUGUCCCUGGAUGAUGGUUUUACUUUGGGGAUGGGGUAUGGCUUCCUCAUUCAUCCCUCUUGCUGAAAGAGGAGACAGUUGAUCUUGCAUCUAAAGAUGCUUUAAGGCAAUGAAAUUUGAUGUACAUAUCAACGAGUACCAUUUUUGUGCAUGGUCACAUUCCACCGGCAUCUUCCAAGUACUGCAUGCAAUUUGAAUGAGACAAGAAAGUGAACACAUCUAAGUCUCCCUGGCUGAUGUCCAGGGAUCAAGUCCACAAUGGUGCAGAUUCAUCCACCACUGAGGGAGUUAUUGCUGACUCUACAGAGAUGCUGCUGCAUGCAUCCUAUGUGCCUGUCAGAAUGGCUUGUGUUUAAUUCUCCUGAAAGAAAGUGGUUUGCUCACCAUUCCCAGCCUCGAGGAGACAAGCAAGGGCCAUUCAUGUGGAAGGUCCAGGACUGGUCAGCCGUCUGACUUUUCUACCACGUUAAACUUUCCAUUAAAUCUCACCAUUGGUGAUGGCUUUAAGUGCAAAAAUCCACGAUGUGUAUAUUAACCUAUGUGCCACAUAUUUAUUUUUAGACUCCCCUCAGCAACAUGUCAUUAUGGGAUUGUUUAAUGCCUAAACUUUGUAAAUAUUGUACAUUUUGUAAAUCAAUGAAUAAACCUUUUAAGUGUA